GCUGGACAAGGGAGCAGAUCAUUGUCGUUCAUAACUUGUUAUUUCAAAAGGUGUUUGUAGAAUUGAUACAAAGUGUUUUAAUCUUCGGAUAUAGCAGACUUGGUACAGGAACUUAUGAUGGAAAGAAUGUGUCGUCUUUUCAUAUUUUGCUUUGGGCUGAUAGCUUUCCCGCCAAACUCUGUUACCGGCCACCGUGGAUAUCACCUGGUUGUCAAGCCUCAAAACGUCUCUGAAGUGGCACCUCAGCGAAGAGCAUUCGUUACGGAAGCACUGACCGUUGGGAAUGUUCUGGUAUCGUUAUGGUCUUCAGCGUGGAGUGACAAAGGAAUAGAAAUAGACAUAUCAAACGAAAUGACGACCUCUCUCAAUGAUCCCACAUGGUACAUGCUCCAUGGACAUGCUGCCAUUCUUCCUCCAUUCCUCAUCGAAGAGAACGAACCGUCAGCAAAAAUUAAGUUCUUCAAAAAGCCAAGCAGCGGUUUUGGCACAGAAGGCGCAGCAUCGUAUCAGAUAACCAGGAUUCCCCAAGGAACACUUAGUCUUGUCUUUAUGUGGAAAGUACCUCAGUUAGCUGAUAUGGGAUUUUUCGUCAAGAUCGAGAUGGGAGCUCUAACAGGAGAACAACUCAAAAGCUUGUUUAAAAACGUCGAUAACAAUAGCCUGUGGUUUAAAUCCGAGAAACUAAAAAAAUGGGUAACCAACACAGAACAAGGUAUCACGUGGAAGGCAGCCAUGGGAACAAAAUCCCUCAACACACUUAAGAUUGUUGUCAUGUGAUAAACUGUUGCCAUAGUAACACAGUCCAUCAUGUCCUGAGAAUCGCUAUCUAUCGUAUGAAUUGUAUUAUAUUCUAAGUACCGACAAUACACAUGAAUGACUAAUGAGAUAUGCAUACUGGGGAAAAGUUGUGCGUCCACAGCGUGGACAACGAGGGGAGAGAGAGAAGAGUAUGAAGAAUGAAGAAUAUUCACGCUGAAGGGAAUGGGGGUCGCCGCGAUGUCAAGAAGGCCCGAUGGCGGCUUAAUAUAUGCAAGGCAGUUCAUCAUGGGAUCUCAUUAUAAUGUUAAUUCUCCGUUGUUAUUGCUGGCACUUAUAGAAUAGUUUAAUUUUGAUUAGGUAUUUGUAUAUCAAGUUGUGAAGUAAAUAAAUAAAUGA